CACCAGAUUGCUUCUACCGUGACUUUAGACUCAUGUUUACUGUUAUGGCCUGGAGUGCGCUGGAGUGUGGGCGGUGCAUGGUGUUCCCCGGUUGGUGGGUCAGUUCUCUUUAGACUACUGAUUGGACAUAUGGUUGUUGGUCAUUUAGGGUACAUAUGAGUAGGGCUGUUCAAACGGAUUGGUUAUCGUGAUAACAAUGUUAACCAAUAUCAUUUGAUUAAUUUGGUUUGGUUAAACAAUUUAGUUUAUUUGUUUUAGAUGGUUUGGUUUGGUUUGGUUAAACAAUUUAGCUUAUUUGGUUUAGAUGGUUUGGUUUGGUUUCAACACUGCUAACCAAAGAAACCAAUUAAUGAUACACCUAAUAUACAAAAUUAUUUAUACUUUCAUGCAACCAACCAAACCAAACUUUCGUGAUUCCUUAUUUUAUUUUCAUGUGCAUAACAAACCAAAGCAUUAUGGGUCAAAAAUUAAAUGAGACUACCUAUUUACUAAACCAAAACAUUUUGAACAGUUACUAGACUUUAGAAUUGCGUACAAUACCAUGACAGCCACCUCAAACAAUGUAUAGUUUAAGUGUUUUGUAAGAGAGCUUUUAACUUCCUGAUGAGUGGUAUUGGUAUUUAUUUAAUAUUUAUAUUAAGGGUUUGUUGUAAGCUAACCAUAUUAGGUGCGGAGAUGAUGAAUGAUGUAUUAACUCGAAUGAUGAUGAUAAUCAUGGUUAGUCUUAUUAUUAUUUUUUUUUAUAUAUAAUGAUAGUUUAUGAUAGUAAUAACAUAUGAUUAUGUUUUAUUCAUUAACAAGAUAAUUAUUUUCAUGUAAUAUUAUGUUAUUUGGUUAAUCCGAUUAUCCAAUUAACCAAACCAAUUUAACUUGGUUUGGUUAAUUUGGUUUUCGUGUUAAUUUGGUCGGUUUGAUUAAGACAUUUUAUUCCAUAGUUAAUAAAAUUUAGGUUUAAUUAAUUUGGUUAUUACCACGGUAACCAUUUGAACACUCCUACAUAUGAGUGGGCCUGGUUGAACCUUCAUUGCACUCAAACUAUCCACUCCCCGCGUUGAUCCUGCGAAGACUUGAUAGACCAAGUUGUGUUUUGGGUCUGGGAUUGUUUCUCAAGAUCGAGAUAUGAGAGGCGUCACUCAGAGCCAAAGUGAGGGGGCCAAAAAGGCUGACAAGUGACAAGGAGUUUGAUAGUUGGUUAUUUUUUAAUCAAAUAAUUUACCAAAAAUAUCACAGACACAGGCGAUACACUAUCUCUACUUCAAUUAUUGUCGGUUUAUUAUUCUUUCGGAUUAUUGGGGUUAUUUUGGGUUAAUUGUGGGGAUUAUUUACUUGGGGUAGUAUUUGAGAAUUAUGCAUUUAUAUAAAUAUUCUUGAACGUGGGAUUUACCACUAAGAAAGAUUAAACCUAAAUUACUUUACCUAAUCUCUCUCUCUCUUCCUCUCAUCUAUCGAACCUUUAAUUUCUUCCCCUCUAUUGGUUGCCGCCACAGUUGCUUCUCCUCUCCCUCUUUCCUUUCCAAAUCACCUACUAUCUUCUCUCCUUAAUUCCCAAGCAGAUCAACCCCUAGUUGAUAUCCUCGAUCUGAAUCCCUAGAUAAAACCCGACACGUGGGGGUUAUAUCAUUUGGUAUCAGAGCAGUACCAUUUUCUUUCACUACCGCGCGAUCAUGGUGCUCACCAAGUCCCAAACGGCGGCCGAGAAAGCGACGGCGAAGGCUGCUGCCGCGACGGUGACCGGGAUACCGACCUCCGACGAUGGCGCGACUGCUGCUCCGCGCCCGAUCGAUGGCGCGCUGGUCAAUGAGACGGAGGAUGAGGAGCUCCGAACCAACGUGCAACGGUUGGCCGGGGGGUGGAAAAGGAGUGCCAGGUCAGGCUAUAGGGCGAGCAGGUUCGCGUGGCGGACUCGCAGGCGUUAUGGCGUGCGCUAGGCGAGAUCAAUGACAUGUUGGCCACCGCCCUCAUGCGACCAGGAGGCGGUGCGGGCGGGCCAAUCGGCGGGGGUGAACCGGUGGUGAAGGAGCCGGAGGGGGCCUCGCCGGAUGAGGUGAUGGAGCUGCUGGGGGCGACCGCCGAGACGGGAAGGUCAACGGCCGGCUACCAGGUGUGUGCUUGCCAAGGCCCACUAGGGCUGGGUACUAAUUCAUUUAUGGUACAACCUGAACUUAUACAUUUAACGUUAUGGUACAACUUCAAGUUGUACAUUAAAGCACCAAUGUUUUAUAGCAUAGUAGAAGUGCUCUUUUCUUAAUUAAAUCUUAUACCAUUCGUUUUAACUCAGAAUUUGAGAAAAUUUGCAUAUAAAGAAUACAUUAAUUAUGAUCAUAUACACAAUUAUAUCCAUUUUGUUAUAGUUUGAGCAAAUAAAAAAUUAACUCUUCAAAACACGUGUCAGCUGUGGUAUUAUCACUGACAUACCUAUCAUAUCAUCAUGAUAUGACGACUCAUCUACUUCAUUUCAACUCAAGUUAAAAAUUUGUAUAGAAAGAAUGCAGUCAGUAAGAUCUGCAUAGUGAUAUCCAUUUUGUUAUGUUUUGUCAAGCAUAACAAAAUGAUAAUAUCAUGAUAUGAUAGUGAUUGAUAAUAUCAUAGUGAUAUGAUUAUGAUAUGAUCUCAUUAAAUUAUCUUGUCAAAUAUAAGACCUCGUACCAACAUUAAUUAAUUAUAUUCAAUUUGUUAUGUUUUGUCAAACAUAAGAUCUCAUACCAACAUCAUUUCAGUUUCAUAUCGUGACACUACAACAAAUUCGACCUAUUAGGACAAAUUUUUUAUUUUGUCAUUUUUUGUUUGUCACAAUAGGUAUGGUGAUAUGACAAAAAUAAUAUAUGUCCUAGUUGGUAUGCCUAAUGUUACAAAAAAAAUUGUUGUCAGAAUAGUUCGUCAGAUAAAGUGAGUAAUGUGACAAAUAUUUCGUGUCUCAAUUAAUUUUGUCAAGAUAGGUGUCCCAUAUCGGGAUGUAAGAGAUUCAACAGUCACAAAUUUCUGGUUGUCAGAAUAGUUCGUCAUUUAAAGUGAGUAAUGUGAAAUAUUUCGUGUCACAAUUUAUUGGUCAAAAUAGGCAUCCCAAAUCGGGAUGUAAGAGACACAAAAGUGACAAAUUAUAUCGUCAGAGUAACUUUUGUCAUAUUAUUCCUCAAAAUAAAAAGUUAGUUUUUUACUUUUUCAUUUUUCAAAUUUUAUUACACUCGGCCAAAAUUCCCUCCCAAGUCCCAGUCAAAUUUUAUUACGCCCGCCCAAAGUUUCCUCCCAAGUCCCACCGAAAUUUCCCUCCUUGCCUUCCUCAUUUAUUUUAUUAAUUUAUAUCUUGUGUUGCGUUGAAAAAAAAUCAAAUCAAAUAAACCCUAGCAACCGUGAUUCUCUCCUCUCGUCUCACACUGUCACCUUGUCUCACCUUUUCAAAGCCGCCACGGCCGUUCUCUUCCUCUACAAUCGUCUGUCCUUCACGCACCAAAGGGCCUCGUAUUCUCCAACAACAACUCUGGUGGAAGGCGUGGUAGAGGACGGAGAGCUCCUCAAGAUCGGAGGAGAGUAAGGAGGAGGAAUUCUUGGUGGCAGGGGCAGAGAGAGGGGGACUGAGAAGUGAGGACGGUGAUCAACAUCGAUUCCAGGGAGGCGAAGGUUGAGUUGGCAUUGUUGGCAGAUGGCUAUUAGCUACCCACUUGCUCAAUUGAAGAUCCGAGCGAACCCAGAAGCCAGAAUCGCAUGAAAAGGGAGAAAUCUCCUAAACGAGUUUGCUAUUGUUAAUUGAUUAAUUUGGUUGGUUUUUGUUGGAAUUUGGUAGUAUCUGAUUAAUUAACUUCAGUCCUCUUCAUUUCCAGCUUGCUGGACUUAAGUUGCUAGCUGCUACUAGGUUUAAUGAAUUCGAUUCAGCCUA